AUGCCCCCGGCAACUGCGCUCCGGGCUCUGGUGCCACUGCUGCCGCCUCUGCUGCUGCUGCUGCUGCUGCUGCUGCCGCUGCCCCGCAGCGCCGCGGGGCUCGGGGGGCUCGGGGAGCACUCGGAAGCCGCCCUGGACUACUGGGCUCCGGAAGACGAGGCGGGCGCGGAGCCGCAGCUGGAGCGCUACCACGACCCGUGCAAAGCCGCUGUGUUUUGGGGAGACAUUGCUUUGGAUGAAGAUGAUCUGAAGUUAUUUCACAUUGACAAGGCCCAUGACUGGACUAAGCCAUCAGAGGAAGAAAUGGGACAUAACACUGGUGGGCUGGAAGAGCGUCCAUCCGAGAGCUGGCCAAACACAACAGCUUCAGCUUUGAACACCAGUAGCCAGGCAGCUCGAAAAGGUGGCGAGGAGGGAACCAUACUUCUACAUAGCUCUGACACCUCGGAAGCCACAGCCAAGACCUUCUCUGCCCGGGUCCGCAGAGCCACAACCUCGAGGACAGAGAGGAUAUGGCCUGGAGGGGUCAUUCCAUAUGUCAUUGGAGGGAACUUCACAGGCAGCCAAAGGGCCAUUUUCAAGCAGGCCAUGAGGCACUGGGAGAAGCACACCUGCGUGACCUUUAUCGAGAGGACGGAUGAGGAAAGCUUUAUUGUGUUCAGCUACAGGACCUGUGGCUGUUGCUCUUACGUUGGGCGCCGAGGAGGGGGUCCACAGGCCAUAUCCAUUGGGAAAAACUGUGAUAAGUUCGGCAUUGUGGCUCACGAGCUGGGCCACGUGGUUGGGUUCUGGCAUGAACACACCCGGCCUGACAGAGACCAACAUGUCACCAUCAUGAGAGAAAACAUCCAGCCAGGUCAGGAGUAUAAUUUCUUAAAAAUGGAAGCCGGGGAAGUGAGCUCUCUGGGUGAGACAUACGACUUCGACAGCAUCAUGCACUACGCCCGGAACACCUUCUCAAGGGGAGUUUUCUUAGACACCAUCCUUCCCCGUCGAGAUGACAAUGGCGUCAGGCCAACCAUUGGCCAGCGGGUACGGCUCAGUCAGGGAGACAUAGCACAAGCAAGGAAGCUGUACAAAUGCCCAGCAUGUGGAGAGACCCUGCAGGAUACAACAGGAAACUUCUCAGCACCUGGUUUCCCAAAUGGCUACCCUUCCUACUCCCACUGUGUGUGGAGGGUCUCAGUCACUCCUGGAGAGAAGAUUAUCCUAAACUUCACAGCCAUGGAUUUGUUCAAGAGCCGCCUGUGUUGGUACGAUUAUGUGGAGGUCCGGGAUGGCUACUGGAGAAAAGCCCCCCUGUUGGGGAGGUUCUGUGGGGAUAAGAUCCCGGAGCCCCUCGUCUCCUCGGACAGCCGGCUCUGGGUGGAAUUCCGAAGCAGCAGCAGCAUCCUGGGCAAGGGCUUCUUUGCGGUCUAUGAAGCUAUGUGUGGAGGAGACAUUACCAAAGACGCGGGUCAGAUUCAAUCUCCCAACUACCCUGAUGAUUACAGGCCUUCCAAGGAAUGUGUGUGGAAGAUCACGGUGUCAGAUGGGUUUCACGUGGGACUAACCUUCCAGGCCUUUGAGAUUGAAAGACAUGACAGCUGUGCCUAUGAUUACCUGGAAAUCCGCGAUGGCCCCACACAAGACAGCGCCCUGAUUGGCCACUUCUGUGGCUACGAGAAGCCAGAUGAUGUGAAAUCAAGCUCCAACAGAUUGUGGAUGAAGUUUGUAUCCGACAGCUCCAUUAACAAAGCGGGCUUUGCUGCCAGUUUUUUCAAGGAGGUAGAUGAAUGUUCCUGGCCAGACCAUGGUGGCUGUGAGCAGCGAUGUGUGAACACACUUGGCAGCUACAUGUGUGCCUGUGACCCUGGCUACGAGUUGGCUGCUGACAAGAAGUCAUGUGAAGUGGCCUGCGGCGGUUUCAUUACCAAGCUGAACGGAACCAUCACCAGCCCUGGGUGGCCCAAGGAAUAUCCCACAAACAAGAACUGUGUCUGGCAGGUGGUGGCCCCCGCGCAGUACCGCAUCUCCCUGCAGUUUGAGGCCUUCGACCUGGAAGGCAAUGACGUCUGUAAGUACGACUUUGUGGAGGUGCGCAGUGGCCUGUCCCCUGACGCCAGGCUUCACGGCAAGUUCUGCGGGUCUGAAACCCCCGAGGUCAUCACGUCGCAGAGCAACAACAUGCGCGUGGAGUUCAAGUCUGACAACACAGUCUCCAAGCGGGGCUUCCGGGCCCACUUCUUCUCUGACAAAGACGAAUGUGCCAAGGACAACGGUGGCUGCCAGCACGAGUGUGUCAACACGUUCGGGAGCUACCUGUGCAGGUGUCGGAACGGGUACCGGCUGCAUGAGAACGAGCACGACUGCAAAGAGGCUGGCUGUGAACACAAGAUCAGCAGUGCAGAGGGGACGCUGGCAACCCCCAAUUGGCCUGACAAAUACCCCAGCCGGAGGGAAUGUACCUGGAACAUCUCUUCCACAGCUGGCCACAGGGUGAAACUGACGUUCAAUGAGUUUGAGAUCGAGCAGCAUCAGGAAUGUGCCUAUGACCACCUGGAAAUGUACGAUGGGCCUGACAGCCUGGCCCCUGUCCUCGGUCGGUUCUGCGGCAGCAAGAAGCCGGACCCCGUGGUGGCUUCGGGCAGCAGCCUGUUCCUCAGGUUUUAUUCGGACGCCUCUGUGCAACGGAAAGGCUUUCAGGCGGCACACAGCACAGAGUGCGGGGGCAGGUUGAAGGCCGAAGUGCAGACCAAGGAGCUCUAUUCCCACGCCCAGUUUGGGGACAACAACUACCCGAGCCAGGCGCGCUGUGACUGGGUGAUAGUGGCGGAGGAUGGCUACGGCGUGGAGUUGAUCUUCCGGACCUUCGAAGUCGAGGAGGAGGCCGAUUGUGGCUAUGACUACAUGGAGGCCUAUGACGGCUACGACGGCUCAGCACCCAGGCUUGGCCGCUUCUGUGGCUCAGGGCCAUUAGAAGAAAUCUACUCUGCAGGAGACUCCCUGAUGAUUCGGUUCCACACAGACGACACCAUCAACAAGAAAGGUUUCCACGCGCGAUAUACCAGCACCAAGUUCCAGGAUGCCCUGCACAUGAAAUAGGAAUGCCCAAGUUCUAGAAAGACAGGAACUGAAGAGGGCUUUGUAAUAGCACCUUGAGAGCCAGCCCAAAACAGUGUACAGUCUUUUUCUCAAACAAAAACUUAAAUUCAGUCUGGAAGGCAUGUAGUUAGACAACAGUUACAUAAGGGUUUGGCCCACAAAAUGAAAGAGAAAAUGUCCCCUUGAUUCCAGCUGCAGUGUUAGCACUUGUGGGCCUCAAAAGGUGAAGGUUUGAAGUCACUGACUAUGCAAGCUAUGCUUGUUCAUUCUCAUUAUCCAUCCCUUGCUCCUAUGGGGCAACAGGCCAGCCAAGGGCUGGUCAUUCUUCUGUUCUGGAUGUUUCCAUAGAUGCCUGCUGUGUGACUGGACCCUGGUGGCACAGGCUGUCUUUGGUCUACACUGGCAAGGAAGAUAAAGAUGUGGCUGCGGCUCAUUUGU